CUCUAUUAAUUCCCCACCCUAGAGAUGGGUUGAAUGGGGAAUUACCAGAGUAAUUACAGUAUGUAAAAAAGUUAAAUGUUUUGAUUUUUUUAAAUAUCUGUCUCUUUUCCUUUAUCUCUCAUUAAAGGCUUAAUUUUUCUAAAAAAUUUUUUUCCUGCUUGAAUAAUUUUUUCCAAAUUGCUUUUAUCCCUAAAAUGCUUUUUUUCUUUCCCAAAGAGCUUUUAAAAAAUUUUCUUCUAAACAAUGCCUGUUGAUAAUUCUUCUCACUUAAUAAAUAAUUCUCACACAUCAAACAGCAAUAUAAAAAAUAAAAAUGAAAAAAUUGAAGAAAUAAAUAAAAAUAAUGAACAACUAAAAUUAGAAAAUGUGCCUUUAUUGGUCCGGCAAGAGGAGGAGGAGGAAGAAGAAAAAAAUAAAAAAAUUUCUUCUCCUUCAAAAAAUAAUAAUUUUUAUAGAAAAUUAAAAGAAAAUUUUGACGAAAAAAAUAUUUUGGGAAAAGAAGAAGAAAAUAUUUCUGAUAUAGAAUCGAAAGAAGAAUUUUCUAUUAAAGGAAGAAAAAUGUCCUCAAAAGUUUUUGAUUCUAAAAUAGGGGGGAAAAGAAGGAGAAAAACUUCUUUAAUUAAAGAAAAGUUUGGAGGUGCAAGUUUUGGUGAAAUGUUACGUUAUGCUGAGGGAUGGGAUUGGCUUUUACUUACUAUAGGAAUACUUACCAGCAUAUUUGUUGGCGCUAUAACCCCCGCAACAUCUAUUAUCUUUCGUGGUAUUACCGAUGUUCUUAUGGAAGGACAACAUAGCUUGGAAAUUGGAAAUUUAGAUAUGGAUGAUUUUUCCAAGAAAAUAACUCACCACGCGUUACUCUACUUUUUGCUUGGAGUAACUACAUUUAUCAGUAGCCAAAUAUCUAUGUCAGCUUUUUCAACUUUAUGUGAAAGGCAAAUUCAUAGAAUUAGACAGCAUCUUUUCAAAGCGAUUUUGGCACAAGAACCCGGAUGGUUUGAUCGCCCUUCUAAUCAAGUUGGAGCAUUAACCCACAAAAUGAGCUAUGGUGUUGAGAAAAUAAAAGCUGGCAUGAAUGAUAAGGUUGCAAUAUGUAUCCAAGCUAUAUCUUGUUGUGUAGCUGGAAUAUUUUAUGGAGCAACUAUGAGUUGGAGAAUGACAUUAGUUAUGUUAGGUGUUUCUCCAUUUCUGGUCAUUUCUUUUGUCGGCUCCGCCACCGCUGCUUCAAAAUUAGUAAGAAAAGAAAUGAGUGCCUAUUCGGCGGCAGGUGCAGUUGCUGAAGAAGUACUUAAUGGAAUUAAAACUGUUACGUCUUUUAAUGCCCAAUAUUUCGAAAUUGGUCGUUAUAAAAAACAUUUGGACGAGGGAAGAAAGACUGGGAUUUGUAAAGGUACCUGGAUAGCUUUCUUCGCAGGGAUUCAUUUACUUGUUAUGUUUGGUUCGAUGGGUGCUGCUUUUUUGUACGGGACUUGGCUUGUAUUGCAAGGGACUAUUUCUCCUGGAACUGUAUUUGCCGUAUUCUGGUCAGUAGUUGCCGGUGCAUUGCGUAUUGGACAGGCAUUGCCAGAAAUUGGAGUUAUUGUAGCUUCUAAAUUGGCAGCUGGGGAAUUAUUCUCCAUAAUUGACCGUAGCCCAACUAUUGAAGCUUGUAGUGAAAGUGGAAUGAAACUUGCUAAUGUUAAAGGAGAAAUAGAAUUUGUUGAUGUCCAUUUUACAUACCCAACAAGGCCUAAAGUACCUAUACUUAGAGGAGUUUCUUUUUCUGUUAAAUCUGGAGAGUCAGUAGCGUUAGUUGGACAUUCUGGUUGUGGAAAAUCUACAAUGGUUGGACUAUUGAUGAGAUUUUAUGAUUCAAAACGUGGUUGUGUUACUCUUGAUGGGUUACCAAUACGCGAUUUAAACAUUGAAUGGUUACGCAACAACAUAGCUCUUGUACAACAAGAACCGAUACUUUUUGCGGAUACUGUUGAAGCAAAUAUUCGGAUGGGGAAGGAAGAUGUGACUGUUGAAGAGAUGAUCGAUGUUUGUAGAAUGGCUAAUGCACACGUAUUUAUCUGUAAAUUACCCGAAGGGUACCGUACACGUAUAGGCCAGGGUGGAGUGCAACUUUCUGGCGGACAGAAACAAAGACUAGCAAUUGCUCGGGCAUUAGUUAGAAAUCCUCGUAUUCUCCUUUUGGACGAAGCUACGAGUGCCUUAGAUGCAGAAAGUGAGCAAGUUGUACAGGAAGCGCUCGAAAGAGCAAGUUCCGGUCGGACAACUAUUACAAUUGCGCAUCGACUUAGCACAGUUCGCAAUGUUGACCGCAUUAUUGUCUUUGAACGCGGACAAAUUGUCGAGACGGGGAACCACGAAAAAUUAAUGUCCAACCCCGAUUCAGUCUAUCGUCAAUUGGUUCUUGCCCAACAAAUUUCCGGAAACAGUUCACCCGGUUUUGAAACCGAUGAAAAUUCGUCUGAUGAUGAUAUUGACAAUAAUCAACGAAAAUCUUCAUAUCACCAUACUCCUCGAGCAAUGAGAAAUUCUGUUGCUAGUCUAGGCAGUAUCACAAUAAAUAAUAAAAUGGCACGUGCUUCAGAAAGAAUUGGCCGUUCAAUGACUUCUGUAAAUGAAGGAAAUGAGGAGGAAAUGGAAGAAUUGGAUGAAGUUAUGCAAGAAUUAGAAGCAAAACCAGCUUCUGUUUGGGAAAUUUUAUUGUAUGCAAGAAAAGAAGUUUUGUUUAUUGUUGUUGGAGUGCUUCUCGCUCUUUGUAGAGGAGUGUCUUUUCCUGUUUUUUCAAUAAUUUAUGGCCGAUUAUUCCUUGACCUUUCAAAUUCUAUUGAACUCCAACAAAACACAAUUAACAACACAAUUGUUAAUAUUACACAAGAAGAAAGUGUAUGUUUGUUUAAACAUUUUGUGGGGGAAUUGUGUUUUAGAAAUAAAAACAAACAAAACACAAUUUAA